AUGCCUCCUCUACCGCCGAUCAAGACACCAAUACCGUCUGUUACCUUACCGACCAUGCCUCCGUUGCGGAACUUCCCUUUGAUAACAGGUGAAUACUCAUUCUACGGAGUGAUUUUUCCCAAAUCUAUAUCCGUCUUUCUGUAUUCAAAAACGGAUUUUGCUUUUUUGGCACUUUCAAAGACAGAUCAUGAUCCAUAAAACCCACUAUCUCGUAUAAAUGAGGAUGCAAUUGCUUGGACUAUUUCUACGUAAUCGACGUCCUCGUCCUCAUACUACCAAUAAUGGGCAGUUGCAGAAAUUAUAGUGAGAUACACCGCAUUAAUAUAUUAAAUAGUUGAACUCAGAAACUGAAAAGAUAGGUUUUCGGUUGUCACUUAAAUGUACAAACAGAUUUACAAUUACAUAAAUGUAAAGCAAGCAGUCUGUCAUAUCCCACGCCACUCUUCUGCCGUACGUAAUUUAUCAGAAAGGUUUCCCUCCUUAUGAGUGUCUCCGUGUUUAAACGGGCUAUUAAUGUGCAGUUUUAAAACAGCCAGAGAGCUCUAGGUCCCUGGGGGUAUCCCCUGUAAUGGACCAUGCGGGAAGGCUCUGCCCAAAAGUUCGGUUUUGUAAAACAACUAAUUAUAAUGGCUGCAUAUUAUAGCUGUGAAAAAGUCAACGAAACAUCGUGGUUGAGUGAUUUAUUCAUAAUAAAAAGAGGGUACAUUUGACGUCAGUCAAAAAGGAUGCCGUGUUCUAGACUACGUAUGUGAAAGGAGUAUUAUUUGGCAAAAGAAGGUACACAAAAGGGUAAGGGGUUUUCCUCGCUAGCGGGGCCUCUCUGGGCUUUACGUACAGUAACUCGCGACUUUCUACUGUUAAUCCAUACCUGUACAUUACGUUUUACUUGCAUUUUAUUUCUUAUUCUCUAUUCUGGUUCUAGCUUUUGCUGGUUGUAUGCUGACACAUGGAGGAACAUCACAAGGCGCCUGUUGUAUGUUUCCGUUCAUUUAUGAGGGAGUUCCACAACACCGCUGCACAAGAGCUAAGCGCUCCUAUCGCUGGUGCUCGAUCACUGCUAACUAUGACUCAGAUAAUGAGUGGGGAUUCUGCCCAACUUGUUUUUUGAGUUACGGUGGUAACUCCAAUGGUAAUUGUUGUCAUUUUCCUUUUAUAUACGGUCGGAAAAUCUACAUGACUUGUACAACUCAGGAUGACACCAGGCCUUGGUGCGCCACUACCUACAACUAUGACGGCGAUAAACAAUGGGGUUACUGCGGAGGUGAGUAUGAGUAUUCCAAAAUAUUCUAUAACAGUUAUUGUUUGGUUUUUGAUUAUUGCUAGCACGCAUUAUUUGGACAGUCCCUCCACAAAUGCUAUAAAAUGUUUUGUCCCAGGCAUAGAUUAUGAUGAGACAUGACACAGAUUUUUUGAGGUGAAGUGGAACCCUUUGCAGAGGUUAAAUAAGCGAGCAGUUUAUGUCUGAUUUGGACCCUGUUGGCGAACAUUUACCUCAAUGGUCAAAUAUUUUGUCUUAUUUUUAGACGAAAAAAUUAAAUUUGUACGAGCGAGGUACGGAAAUUUGCGUUUAAAUUCUAGUUUUCCUUAAUUAUUAAAAAGUGAGUCAAGCAAGUAAGUCAAGUAUGUUAAAUACAAUCACUUCUCAAGAUAAACAAAAAGCUAUAUUUUCAUUCACAACAUAGGUGACGCCCCUGGCUCCAUCCCUCAGCCAAAAAUUGUAUUUCCACCAUGCACUUCUGACUGCGAUAGUAAAUGUGUUGACCACUGCCCAGACUACUGUUGCGUUAAGGGACUAGAGAGCAAGGAAAAUAGACUGACAGAGCAAGUCAAAGAGGACCGUCCCAUUACAGACCUUCCUACCGGAGGUUUUAAUCCACCUCAAGCGCCACUGUACUGUCCAGACACCUGCUCACGUAUUUGUUCCAUCUCUUGUCCAGAUGAAUGUUGUGAUAAGGACCCCAAAGACUGGACUGACACGACUUCACGUUAUACAAACACUAAGCCGUGCCCGGCUCAUAGUUGCAAUUCUAGAGGAUGCUCUGCCAGUUGUCCGUCACAUUGCUGCCAAGCAGAUAAAGCCUCUGAUGCAGUUCAACUUGAAAUUUUUGAACCAUCUUCAUCACAGACCGCCAGCCAUCGUUCAGGGCUGUCUUGUCCUGCUUUGUGUUCUAAAUCCUGCUUCGAGGGGUGUCCUGAACAUUGUUGUCACAAAACGAACAAGAAACAAACAAAGAAGGUUCAGCAUGGGAAAAAUUUUGUUUAUGGUAAUUCAGUGUUGAGGCCAAAAAAGCCUGAUUAA